GGAAGUCACUGCGCCCACAAAGGUGACGAUAUACAUCCUUUUACAGUCCCAUCUCCGACCACGUUCAGUUCUCAAUCUAUUAGGAAAACGACUAGCUUGCAAAAGCCAAAGAUGCGAAGUUCAUUCGUUUUUCCGUCGCCGCUGCAGCUGUUUGCCAGCGCUGCAUUGCGAGGUACUGGAGAACUUGGCGAUGCUCCAUUCGUCAAAAACCCACAAGGUAUCGUGUAUGAGGCGAUCCUUCCGGAUAGACCCUUCUUCGAGGCAGGUUCCAUGACUGGAAACGUACGAGGAAUCAUCACCGCCAUGACAGCUCGGGACGGCAACGGUGUCGAGCUCACAGUCGGCUUUUCGAAUCUGCCAACCGAGGGCGGCCCUUUUACCUACCACCUUCAUGCGGAUCCGAUUCCGGAGGACGGCAACUGCACGAAAGCACUCGCGCACCAUGACCCCUUCAUCCGUGGAGAAGGUACACCGUGCGAUGCCUCCAAGCCAGAAACUUGCCAAGUUGGAGACCUCAGCGGCUCGUUUUUCGGCAACCGCAGCUUCGUGCUGCAUUUCGCAAACAAGACGCGGAUCACCUGCACAAAUUUCAAACUGGUCGAAAGCGCUCCGCCAUACAACAACGGGACCGGCAUUCCCAGUGCGGUUCAGGCGACCGGUGCUGCACCUAUUGCAACUUCUCAUGACCAUGUACCAUUUGUCGGCGCGGCUUCGACACUGAGCGUAUCAGUUUUCUUUCUGUGCUUGACGUGUACUGCAGCUUACCUGGUCCGCCGUGUUGGCGAUAUCUAA